AUGGCGGCCCACUCGUUCGACUCGUCCUCCCCGUUUCCUCGACGGUUCGAUGCCUCGGUCCCGACGCUGUUGAAGGCGCGUUCGAUCGCGUUAACCGGUCCGCUCCCCACUUCGUCCGUGCUUCAUGUCGCCGUCGCCCAUCUUCGAGGUCGCUCCUCGGAGGGCGAUCAUGACGUUGACCAUAGUCAGCACUCUUUGGAAGCCAGGCAAGAGGACGAUCAAGUCGGACCCGAACGACGACACGUGCUCGUGCUGACGUCGGAUCAGGCCAAAUGGCGCGACUCGCUGAUCAGGGAGAGCGACACGUCCUUGUUCUCCACUUCAUCUCGAUCCGUCGAUGCUUCUUUCGUGUCCUACCUCGAUAGGGUCGAGAUCAAGUGCGUAGUCAAUCGAACGCUAGCCUAGCCUCAGCUUUGACGCUGGCUGAUGAUCUCGGCGACACACAUAGACAUCUCCCCACUUCGGAGCACAUCCUCUACUUCCUCACGACCGUCUACUCGCAUGCCGAGCAUCUACUCGCGAGUCAGGUAUUCAUCGAAUCUGGUACGAGAAGUAAGAGCGAUCCUUCGUACUUGCCGAUCGUGCCGACCCUCGUCGUGCUCCACAACCCCUCGGAAUACCUCGCCGAGUCCCAGGCGCAAAAGUGAACUUUGCCGACUGUGUCACCGAGCUUGGAGUCACAGUGAGCUUAUUUCCAAACAUUUUGUCCCGUCUUUUGCAGCGCCGGUAUCGAGGCAUACACCUCCCUACUCGCUCUGUUUGAUUCGGCUUUCACUCGCCUCUCUCCUCGGCAAGUUUCAGUCUCCCCUGUCUAGGCUGGUCGAGCUCACAUCUGACUUCGACCUUCUCUUCCGAUAUCGAACCUCGUAGACGCCCACCUCUCCUGGUCCUCUUCGAUAACGACGCCCUCAUCCUCGAGCAAGCAUUAUUAGCCCCCCACUUGGCACAACCUCGUCGCAAGCGGAAAGCCGAAUAUGAGGAGCGCCGUUUCGAACAAGGCGAACCCACGGAGGAAAGGCACAUCGAACAAAUGAGGUUGCUGAGCGUCUUGCCGUAUUUCUAUGACUGGGUCGGAAUCGUUGAACCAGGUUCGUCUGUCUUUGACUCUGUCUUUCUCAACGUCACAUGUCCUAAUCCCGCUUCGCUUGCAUGGAAACCCGCAGUUCAACAAGAGCCGGUUCCAUCUCAGCCAAGUCUAACCUUCGUCAUGACCUACACACCCUCCCUCCACCCCAGCGACAUCCCCAGCCUACUCCCCACGACAUCUCCAACGUCCCGCCAACCCGUGGCGGUUGAAUUCGCAGUCCAGCACCUCUCUCAAGCUAACGGGGACGACGAGGACGGGCUGUUUGUCCAGGUCAUCAGUUGA